UGCAUUUUCUCCAAUCAGAAACUUCAAACCAAAUAGACAGUGGUGUUGGGUGUUAAAUGGUGCAAAAAUAAACUUAUUUCCCCGUGGGUACGUGCGAUUGAAGGGUCGCCUAGCGAUCGAUUUUUCGCUUUACCAUAAUUGGCAAAUAAGCUUUUCGAAAUGUCCUUUGCAAGAAGUUUUGCAUAUGUAAAUCCGCAAUGGUUACUAUUGUCCAGAGGAAGAUUUCUCGACGUUGUGAUCGUUUCAAGAGGGUUAUUCUCAGGCUCUGGCUCCGGUCAGCUUAGAGUGCUUGGGAAUAGCGGUCCACCACUAGUGGCUCGUGUAACAGCAGAUCAAAGAGAUAAGCGCAAUAACAAUGGUCAGAGUGAGAGGGGACAUAAGAACUUCGGGCACAAGCCCGAGGGUGAGGCAACUUUUACCAAGAUCUUUUCCGCUUUUCUGGUAGCGAUGAUGAUCGGUUCUUGUCUGGACUGGAAGAAACUAGGAAGAGCCAUCGGUUGGCCAAAGGUGGAUGCCGAUGCUGGUGUACAUGUAGGCAAGAAUGGUUCCAAAGAACUCGAACAGGACGAUGACUCCGAAGGUGAUGACGACGAUAAGAAGAAAAUGCGUAAGGAGAAAAUCGGAUUCCGAGAUCGCAAGAUAAUCGAGUACGAAAAUCGCAUUCGACAAUACUCUACCCCGGACAAGGUCUUCCGCUACUUCGCAACCAUUCAGGCACCGCAGAACGUGGGCGAUAGCGUUGAAGUAUUUAUGACGCCAAUUGACUUUCUCACAAGCAUGACACCGGGCAUGAAGCAACCAGAGGGACUCGGAUUGGAUCAAUACAAACGAUACGAUGCUAAGAGCGUCUCGACACGACUCGAUUUGCAGCUGAACAGUGACAGCAUUUUCUACAAACUCGGAGCGUACGGACUGAUUUCCUUUUCCGACUACAUCUUCCUGCUGACGGUGCUGUCAACAUCCAGGCGCCACUUUGAGAUAGCCUUCCGCAUGUUCGACCUCAAUGGAGACGGUGAUGUGGAUAGCGAGGAGUUCGAGAAGGUUGCCAACCUGAUCCGUCAACAGUCGAGCAUUGGCAAUCGGCACCGAGAUCACGCCAACACUGGAAACACUUUCAAGGGAGUAAACUCGGCACUGACAACGUACUUUUUUGGUCCAAAGAACGACGAAAAGUUAACUAUCGAGAAAUUUCUGGACUUUCAACAACAGCUGCAACGUGAAAUUCUCACCCUUGAAUUCCUACGCAAGAAUCCGGACGAGAAUGGAAACAUCAAUGAGGCGGAUUUCUCGGAACUGCUGCUGGCUUAUGCUGGCUAUUCCCAGAAGAAAAAGAUGAGGAAAAUCAAGCGUGUUAAGAAGAGGUUCCGCGAUCAUGGAGCUGGCAUUUCGAAGGAGGAUUAUCUCAACUUUUUCCACUUCCUGAGUAACAUCAAUGAUGUCGAUACGGCGCUAACUUUCUACCACAUUGCGGGAGCAUCGAUUGAUCAGGCCACACUGAAACAUGUGGCGAAAACUGUUGCGUUGGUAGAGCUGAGUGAUCAUGUUAUCGAUGUUGUGUUUACGAUCUUUGACGAAAAUAUGGAUGGCCAACUAAGCAACAGGGAAUUUGUGGCCGUUAUGAAGAACCGAUUGAUGCGUGGUCUCGAGAAACCAAAGGACACCGGCUUCGUGAAGUUAAUGCAUUCGAUUCUCAAGUGUGCCAAAGACACAAAACCCGUGCUGUUGGAUUUGUAAGUACCAGGGUGAAUCUUUGGAGGUUACCAGGCAGUGUUGCUAAGCGCUCAACCAUUUGUCAACUGAAACGGAAACCGGAAAUUUUCGUACCUCGUUCAAUGAUAGCACAAUUGGAACUUGAAAGAUAUGUCGUUAUCAAAUACUUAAUCAUGGUUUUGCAAACGCUUUUUGUUACGCUUUAAUAGGUGUUAUUCGUACUAAUGUAGACGGUCGGCGAUAAUCAUCUCAGAUUUCAAAAUACUCCAGUGUCAACGUGUAUUAGAUAAUGGAUUUUUGUUCUAUG